AUGGCUUUCGCGCAGAACGCUGGUCGGAUUCUAGUGCCACUCGGCAUUGCUGCUGCUGUGGUUCAGGCUAGCAUCUACGAUGUACCUGGUGGAUAUCGAGCGGUUAUGUUUGAUCGAUUCUCUGGAGUAAAGGACAAGGCCACAGGGGAGGGUACCCAUCUUCUGGUUCCCUGGCUCCAGCGUGCCAUCCUCUACGACUGUCGCAUCAAGCCACGAAAUAUAUCGACAACAACCGGUUCGAAAGAUUUGCAGAUGGUUUCCAUUACGCUGCGGGUCCUGUCCAGGCCUGACGUUGAGCACUUGUCCAGAAUUUAUCAAAGCCUCGGCAUGGACUAUGAUGAGAGAGUCCUGCCUUCCAUUGGGAAUGAAGUUUUGAAAAGCAUCGUUGCCCAAUUUGAUGCCGCGGAGCUCAUUACCCAACGUGAAGUUGUUUCUUCCCGCAUCAGAGCCGAUUUAUUGCAACGGGCUGGAGAAUUCAAUAUCAAGCUAGAAGAUGUGUCUAUAACUCAUCUUACUUUUGGCAAGGAAUUCACGCAGGCUGUUGAAGCGAAACAAAUUGCCCAGCAGGAUGCCGAACGUGCCAAGUUUAUAGUUGAGAAGGCUGAGCAAGAACGUCAAGCAGCUGUGAUCCGAGCUGAAGGUGAAGCUGAGGCUGCUUCAACGAUUUCACGUGCGCUCGAAAAGGCUGGAGAAGCAUUCGUCGCGCUUCGGAAAAUUGAAGCGAGCAAGGCGAUUGUGCAGUCGCUUGCGAACAACCCUAACGUAACAUACAUUCCUAGUGGUAGCGGAGCGAAUGUGCUGUUGAGUGUCCCUACGAAUAAAUAG